AUGAACAUGGAGAUGUCCGAAGAAAAGGAAAGUCAUGAGGAAUCUCUAGAAGAACUACUGAAGAGACGAGAAGAGGUUGCGACCUCUUUGGAAGCGCUGGAGGAGGAAAUUUAUAGCUAUGAGGAAUCGUUUCUUGUAUCCACUGCAAAAUAUGGCAAUGUGGUCACUGGCUUCAACCGUGAUGCAUGGUCCAAGUUUGGUCCGCGGAGCUCGAAUGCACAUCUUCAGCCAAAGUUCACAGUGAACAACAUCAGAUACAAAGAUAGAGUUUUCUCCAACUCCUCCAUAAAAUCACCAGCAACACGUCUACAUCCGCGGCUAAAACCAGGCAAACUCGCGACAACAUCUGACAAACCUUCAACGUCGAAAACAGCAAGGAACGUCAUGAAGGAAGAGAUUGAGAGAAACCCGAAAGAGGAAGGUGGAAAAUGGGUCCCUGAUCAAAACGUGCUCAAAAGAUGGAAGAAGGAAGACGAAAAGAUGGUCAAGAAAGCCUUUUGGAAGGCUGGGUAA